AUAGAAUUGAAUUUUUAAAUCCUAUGUGGACAUCUUUAGAGGCAUUUAGCAUCAACUUUUAUUAGUAAUAGAUGAUGAUUUAGAUACUUUUAAAACAUGUGUCUUCUUCUAAAUGAUUUAGUUUUUUUCUGUUUCAAAAUUUAAUUACAAAAUCAAAUAACAUAAUAAAUAUUAAUAUAAGAUUAGUUGAGAUACGAUUUUGAGUAUGUAACGAGUGGAGAUGCUCUUAGUCCGCCCACCGAGCGGGCCCCAGCGUCAGUAUACUGAAUGGUGAGAAAGCAUCUGGCAUCGUUGUUCAAACAUCUCCAUUCGAUCCAGCCAAAACUUUCCAAUGGCGGAUUCCUCCUCUUCAGAGACGCUACUCGCUGAGUCGUGGCAAGUGUUCAUCAAUUUCCGGGGAAAGGAGUUGCGCGGCAAUUUCAUCAGCCACCUUGAGGGAGCCUUAGACCUAGCUAAAAUCAAAUACUUCAUCGACACGAAAGAGAUCCCUAGCGAAGAUCUUACCAUCCUUUUCAAGAGGAUCGAGCAAUCGGAAAUCGCACUGCCCAUCUUCUCGAGCAUGUACGCUGAAUCAGUGUGGUGUUUAGACGAGCUCGUGAAGAUCGUGGAACAAGAAGAGAAAGGAAAACUCAGAAUGGUCCCCGUCUUCUACAACGUGACACCUGAGGAUGUGAGAAACCAGGAAGGAGAGUUCGGACGUCUAUACAGAGCGACUAAAAGGAAACGAGAGAAUAUGCCUAAGUGGGAGAACGCUUUGCAGUCUGUUCCAAGAAAGCUAGGCUUGCAUUUGGCGAAUUAUAAAAACGAGAAGGAACUCGUGGACAAGAUUGUCGACUCUGUUAAAAGAUUGCUUGCCAAAACUCCACCAGUAAAAGAACAUCUCAACGGGCUCUCUACGAAUCUCUCAUCUGUAAGUUCUAAUGGCAAUAUUUCCUCUGGACACAUCGAGAAGUCUAAAGCGCCCAAUGAUAACAAUGAUAACAAUGAAAUGACACGACGCCUUAAUCAACUUGAAGAGAAAUUGGAUCCUAAUUGCCCCGAAACUCAGAUUGUUGGAAUUGUUGGUAUGCCUGGGGUUGGUAAAACCGCUCUGGCCGAAAUGCAUUUCAUUAAGAACUGUCCCCUUUUUAAUUUUACGAAGAACAUCAGGAUGAUCCGGGAGGAGUCAAAUGAUAAAUCGGAUUGGCUGCGGGACAAACUUCUGGAAGGUGAACAGUUUAAUGGCGAGGCUAAAAUGUUCAAGAUGAAGAUUCUGGUUCUUGUGGAUGAUGUGAGCCAUAAGGAGCAAGUCAAUGUUUUACUCGAAAAUCUCCAACGGAUUAAGAAGGGCAGCAAGAUUGUCAUCACAACACGAGACAAGUCAACGAUCGCAGAACUGGUUCACGAUACUUAUAUGGUCCCUGGACUGAACGAUAAAGAAGCCUUGGAGCUCUUUAAACACCAUGCCUUUAACGAUAAAGCAUCUGGAACUACCACUGGGAACUUCCCGGAGCUAUCCAAGAAGUUUGUGGAUUACGCUGGAGGCAAUCCACGAGCCCUCGAGGAAUUAGGAAAGGAGCUUUGUGGGGAAGACGAGGCUCACUGGAAAAGGAGACUUGCAACGCUGCCGCAUUGCUGCAAUCCGAAGAUCCUAACGGAAUUGAGAAUCAGUUAUGAUAGACUGAGUGAUCAACAGAAGGAUGCGUUUCUGGACAUAGCUUGUUUCCUCAGAUCAGAGGAGGAGGACUAUGUGAAAUGUUUACUAGACCCUUAUGCCCCUGACUCUGGUGAAGCUGUCAGAGAUCUUGCUGAAAAGCUCUUCAUCUGCAUCUCUGCCGGACGAAUAGAGAUGCAUAAUCUAUGGUCUACACUGGGCAAGGAACUUGGUUCAUCCGAUGGAAAUAAGUCAGGGAAAAGAAUGUGGAAUCAUGAACAAAUCACUAACACCCUACGCUCAGAGCAGUUGAUCCACAAUCAGAAAAUAGAAAAGGUGAGAGGUAUAUUUCUAGACACGUCCGAAGUUAAGACGGGUAUACCCAUAGAACCGACAAUCUUUGUGAACAAGUUCAACAAGAAGAAUCUGCGAUACCUCAAAAUCUAUGACUCUCUUUGUCCUCAGCAAUGUGAAGUUGACUGUAAAGUAAACUUGCCUGAUGGUCUGGAGUUCCCGUUUAAAGAGAUCCGUUAUCUCCACUGGCUAAAAUUUCCAUUGGAUGAACUUCCACCAGAUUUCAAACCAGAGAAUCUUAUUGAUCUCAGGCUGCCUUACAGUAAGAUCGAACGUGUUUGGGAAGCUGUUCAGGAAACGCCAUGGUUGAAGUGGGUGGAUCUACGUUAUUCAACCAAGUUAACUGACCUGUCCGCAUUGUCCAAGGCAUUUCAUCUCCGAAGAUUAAAUCUUGAAGGCUGCACGAUUCUUGAAAAGUUGCCAAGAGAGAUGAAAAAUAUGAAAAGCCUUGUUUUCCUUAACCUCAGAGAAUGCGUAAUGCUCUCGUCUCUACCGGAGGAACUGGAUUUAGUCUCCCUGAAGACUCUCAUCCUCAGUGGCUGCUCAAACUUUAACAACUUUGAGCUGAUUUCUGAAAACCUUGAGUUUCUACAUUUAGAUGGCACUGCAAUCGAGAGUCUUCCUCAGAGCAUCCAGAACUUUCAGAAACUUGUGUUAUUGAACCUGAAAGACUGCGAAAAGUUGGAGUUUCUGCCUGCCUGUCUCGACAAGCUGAAGGCUCUUGAAGAGCUAAUACUCUCUGGUUGUUUAAAGCUUCAGAGUUUUCCUGAUAUUAAGGAGAACAUGGAAAACCUGCAGAUUUUGCUACUUGAUGGGACCUCAAUCAAAGAGUUGCCGAAGAUGUUAUUACACUGUGGGAACUUCAAAGACCAAGCGGUGUUCCAUCGGCAACCUCGGAUGAAUGGUCUCUCCAUGUUGCUGCGUCUAUGCUUAAGCAGAAACAAUAUGAUAUGCAGCCUACAAUCUAGCAUUAGUCAGCUCUAUCAUCUGAAAUGGAUCGAUUUGAAGCAUUGCAAGAAUCUUUUAUCUAUUUCAAGACUCCCUCCGAAUCUUCAAUGCUUAGAUGCACAUGGUUGCAGCUCACUGAAAAGAGUAGCGAGUCCACUGGCUAUUCUUAUGCCAGCGCAGCAGGUCCCCUCCUCAUUCAUUUUCACCAACUGUGAGAAACUAGAGCACGUCGCAAAGAAUGAAAUCAUAUGUUAUGCUCACAAUAAGAGUCGGAUGAUUUCAGAUGCAUUGAAUCGCCACAAUAAGGGUCUUGCAUUUGAAGCUUUGGUGGCCACUUGCUUUCCUGGAAGUGAAGUUCCUGCUUGGUUUAGUCACAAAGCUUCUGGAGCGGCGUUGGAGCCAGAGCUGCCACGACAUUGGCGUGAAAGUGGGUUUGUUGGAAUAGCUCUAUGUGCCGUUGUCUCGUUUCAGGACCACAAAAUUCAGAACAACAAACUCCAGGUGAAAUGCAAAUGUGAGUUCAACAAUGUUAAGACAUCCUCCAGCAACUUUAACUGUCAUGUUGGAGGUUUAUCCGAAGCAGGCGAUGAGCAACGCACGAUUGAAUCGACUCAUGUGUUCAUUGGCUACAUCAAUUGGUUAAAUAUCAACAAGUUUCAAGAAAAAGAUGGUGAUAAGGGAUGUGUUCCUACUAAGGCUUCCAUUAAAUUUAGAGUGACGAAUGAUAGUGGGGAGGUUGCGAAUUGCGAUGUAUUGAAGUGCGGUUUCAAUUUAGUUUAUGAAUCUGGUUCUUGGGAGGCAAGCUUAUGGACAGAGGACUUGAAACAAGGUGAAAAUAGAUGGUUGGGUCUCUAUAGAAGCAUAAGAAGGUUUUUUUAAAUUAUGAUUGCAAAUUGUGACGAAAGUACAACUAGAGACGAUAAAUUCAAUAGGAAAGCAAUUUGUUGGUACAUAGCGUCAUUGAUGGGUAAUUAGCUUCUCUUAUCUACUUGCAAUGCAUGUCAUUGUACAACAUUUUUGUUUUUUAUGUCUCUAGUAUCAAAACAGAGCCACGAAUGUUGGUAUCACUGAAGUAGUGAUAAGUGAUAAGCAUGGCAUUUCCUAU